CGACCAUCUUCUUCUUCUCUCUCUCUCUCCUCGCUAUCUCUGCAAAUAGUAAAUGGAGUCAUCCGACGCAAUGAGGGGCCCCUUCCAGAGAUUCACCUCGCGUUCAGAUUCCUCAAACCGUCAAAGAUCCCUCUCUCCUCUUCCUUCUCCUUCUUGCUGACCUCAGAAAACCCUAAUUUAGAGUUCUACUUCUUUUCCUAGUUUUUCGGCUUCCGGUUUGGUGGAAUUUUGCGGGAGUUUUUUUGGGCUCUUGAUCGUCCGGAACUCGUGUUUUUUUUUUGUGACGGAAGAUUCGGGAUUUUUUUUUUCUUUCUUAUUGUUUUCCUGCGAGAUGGAAAGAUCUUAGGGACUGGUCUGGGUUUUCCUUUUCUAGCUGUGAUUGUUCUUCGGGGAGAUGGAGUUUGUGGAGGAAGUGGGAGAGAGCUCGUCGCCUCCUAGAGCGGCUGCUUCUCCGCAUCUUCUUGAUGUCAGGGAUGAUGUUUACCGGAGGCUUGUGGAGGACGGGAACGAUGCAGCGAGCGAUCCAGGUUUCCGCGAGCAGUUGGAUGCGCAUUUCAGUAGAUUACCACCGAGUUAUGCACUAGAUGUCAACCUGGAUAGAGUGGAGGAUGUCUUGCUACAUCGAAAGAUACUUUCUGAUGCAAGGAAACCAAAUAAACGGCCUGUCAUUCAUGCUCGCUUUGUGGAGCAUAUCACAAGUAGAUUGGACACUGAAGAUAUUCCACAACAGUGUGUAAAAGAUGUUUCUUGCACAAGUGGAUGUAAUUGUGCUGAACCUGAAGAAGGCAUGCAAUCAAAUAGAAGGAAACAUGAGGUCGUAUUUGAACCUUGCUCAAAGCUUGAAGACUUGAACUUAGACACAAGGCAGUGUUUACAGAAUGGAGAUGGAAGAUUUCCAACUGGAACACAUACAGGAAGGUGUCGAGAGGCUGCUGAUGUCCUCAUCCAUGAGAUUAUAUUCUCUACCCUUGAUAAGCCAAAGCUUCUUAGUCAGCUCUCUGCUUUGCUUUCUGAUAUUGGGCUGAACAUCCGUGAGGCACACGUUUUCUCUACUACCGAUGGCUAUUCACUGGAUGUCUUUGUAGUGGACGGAUGGCCUGUUGAGGACGCAGAUGGCCUGCAGCAAGCACUGGAGAAAGCUGUAGCUGGGAGUGAGGAUUCAUGGUCAGGCUCUUCAUCACAUUCAGCCAGUGAAAGGAUUCUUUUGGCCCCUCAAAGACAGGAGGAUUGGGAGAUCGACAGAAGAUUGUUGAAGAUGGGAGAAAAGAUUGCAUCUGGAUCUUGUGGAGAUCUGUACCGAGGCAUUUACCUGGGGCAUGAUGUUGCAAUAAAGGUUAUUAGACCUGAGCAUCUAAAUGAAGCUAUAGAAGUUGAAUUUACACAAGAAGUUAUGAUCUUGAGGGAAGUUCAGCAUAGAAAUGUUGUCCGCUUUGUUGGUGCAUGUACAAAAGCUCCUCAGUUGUGCAUAAUAACAGAGUAUAUGCCUGGAGGAAAUCUUUAUGAUUUAGUGCACAAGCAAAACAGGGUUUUGGAGCUCCCCAAAUUGCUUAAAUUUGCAAUAGAUGUUAGCAAAGGCAUGGAGUAUUUGCAUCAAAACAACAUAAUUCACAGGGAUCUGAAGACAGCAAACCUCCUUAUUGACAAUGGGAAUGUUGUUAAAGUGGCUGACUUUGGUGUUGCUCGUUUCCUAAAUCAAGGGGGAAUAAUGACAGCAGAAACUGGAACAUAUAGGUGGAUGGCACCUGAGGUGAUAAAUCAUCAGCCGUAUGAUCAAAAGGCAGAUGUGUUCAGUUUUGCCAUCGUACUGUGGGAGUUGGCAACAUCAAAGAUCCCAUAUGAUACCAUGACACCAUUACAGGCUGCUUUGGGAGUGAGACAGGGGCUGCGACCACCAUUGCCUGAAGAUGCUCACCCCAGAUUAUUAGCCUUAAUGAGGAGAUGUUGGGAGGCAGUUCCUGGGAAACGUCCUUCCUUUUCAGAAAUAACUUCUGAACUUGAAGAUAUCCUUUGUGAGGUUACUUUAAAUUCUUGCAUGACGUGACCUGUGCAGAGUUUAUAUUGGUACAGUAAUUCAUUAUCUAGAAGAGAAAAAUAGUGGACUACCGGAACAUGAGUAUCUGCGGAUUCAUUCACAAAGACCUUUUUUUUGUCAACAGAGCCUGGUCAAGAUGAAAGCAUAUAUGUAAAUAUAUGUGGUUUUGUAAGCCCCAAUUCUGGAAGAAUGUAUAUGCCAUCAAUGUGUUCUUGGUGUGGCUUCAUAUGAAAUCGUUUUAGGAAUACAUAAAUUUUCUUCUAUUUCUCUUCAGAGUUUCUUGAAUGUAUCCCACGUUUUUACGUUC